AUGGUGCGAAUGAAGCGUACCGUGGAGAACAUCAAAGAUCCGCUGUUCCGUUUCUUCGAGCGAGAAAUCAACCUGGGAUCACAGUUGCUUCGCGAUAUUCGUCACGAUCUGGCAGAGAUUCUGUCGGUUUGUCGCGCCGAGCGUAAACAGAGUAACGAAACCCGAGCCCUAGCAUCGGCACUACAGAAAGGAGUUGUACCAACAAACUGGCAGCGUUACACUGUGCCAAGAGACGUGACUGUAAUGGAUUGGCGCGAAGAGGUUUGGUUAGGAGGCACGUUCUCGCCUGAAGCCUAUGUGACAGCUACAAGGCAACAAGUUGCUCAAAUGAAUACGUGGUCACUUGAACAGCUUCAUUUACAUGUGAUGAUUGGACGAACGGACCGGUUGGAUGUUGUUCGUUUAACUGGUAUGGAACUCCGUGGAGCAGAGAGCACAGGUGGAAAUGCUCUGCGUCUGUCGGAUGAAGUCAAGACAGCCUGCGACUGCGUGGAGUUUUCGUGGAAACAGGAACCUGCUAACGGUGUCCGUUUACCGUUGUAUCUCUACGGUGAUCGUCGUCAAUUGGUGGCAUCGCUAGCGUUUGACGUUUCGCCAGCUACGGCGUUCUACGAAAGAGGAGUGGCCCUCGUUGCUAACGCAGCCCUUAGUUAA